AUGUUUUGUCGCGCCGUACCGAUUCUUGCCGCUGCGGCCUUUGCCGGUCAGGUCCUAGCCGCCGACCUGCGCCAGCCGUACCAGUCCCAGUUCGCCAGAAUGUCGACCAGGAACAUCUUCGGGCUCGAUCGCCGCGAUGACGAGGGGUAUUCGCCCGAUCAGGAGCUCUGCGGAACAGGUUCGACUUGCGCCGAAGCUUGCGGCAAGGGGUUCGAGCAGUGCGCCUCUAAGGACGGCGUCACCCACUGCUACGACUCGGGUUCAAAGCAGACCUGCUGUCCCGCCAUGACCGGAGAUUCUUGUGACGAGGGAUACUUCUGUAGCGCCGACGACAGCGGCGCCACCUGGUGCUGCCCAGACAGCAUGACCUUGGCCCAGUGCGCCGCCAAGUAUGGCUUGCCUGCGCUGAAAUCAGACACAACAUCGGCGGCACCAACGUCGUUGCCCACCGCGCAGAGCUCAAGCACCACUUCAGCUACCGCCCCGAUCGCCACGACCAACAACUUUGUAAGUGCCGAGAGCACCACCUCGCUUGCUCUUGCGCCUCAGGUCGCCCCCUCCUCAGAUAGCGCCAGCUCCACGGGCUGUACCACCUACACCUCUGCAAUUGUUUACUCCACCGUGGCAACCUCCACAAUCAGCAGCACCAUCACCACCGCCAGUAGUAGUAGCCUCGGCAGCACUCUCCUGACCACCGCAACUGACACGACCACCAAGGAAUCUUCGGAACCGAACUCCGCCUCCGACUCCUCUUCCGCUUCCUCCGAUUCCGCUUCCGCUUCCGCCACCUCAUCCAUCGUCCAGGCCGGUGGAAGCUCCAACGGCCCUGUCGGCGGCCUGGUCCUUUUUCUGGCGGGUGCUCUGGCGGCUCUCUUCUGA